AUGAAACAAGACACUGAUGUUCGCAAGCAAUAUGAAGAUUUCGGCAAUGCCAUUCAAUCCCUCGGGGAGAAUGUUCAACAACUGGGAAAAGUCAUUGAGAAUUUUACCUCCCAAAUACCUCAACCACUCCCGCCAGAUGGGCAAUGGGAUUUGAAGUCAUUUGUCAAGAUUUGUGGUGACUUUGGAAGGACCAUACAAGAAUGUCGUCAGCUUCUGCACGACCGUCGGAAGUUUGCAGAUGUACAUGAAGGACCUGCGGGAAGUCAAGUCUUGCGAAACAUUCAAUGGAAUUUGGCCAUUGAGCCCGAGGUCAGGCGCCUAUACGAGCGGGUCAAGUUUCACAACAUCAAGAUCAUCACCAUGCUCAAGCCUUUUGAGAUGACCCUUAUGUUGGACUUGAAUGAUAAUGUUCGGAAGAUGCAGAAGAUGCAGAGCAAACUUGCAGGACGGAUGGAAGAAGGCUUCCUCGAUAUCUUGUUGGCAAUCCAGGGAAUAUGGACACCUAACACUCAAGAAGCGAUCGCCCAGGCGAUGAAGCCACCUCCAGAUUUGCCAGCCAUGCCCGAUUACAUGGAUUCUAGAUUUGAUGUGGCGACUAACGCGAGCCGGAAAGCUGGCAACCAGGAGCUUCUUGAGGGGCAAAACUUUCCGUUCUACCUGGGCAUUACAGCUUUCCACCGACACUUCGAUGAGAGCACGAUUGUUGUCAAACCCGCUGAAAGUGUCACGGCGGCGCUCGAAACUCAGACCGGCAACAUGCCUACCAUUUCCCAAUACCUCAACCUCAUGAAGAGUAUUUGGAUCUUAAAGAGGAUCAAAGAAGGUGACGAGUCUUUCCGCGUAUGGUUAGACGACGACGAAGACGACGAUAUAUUCGAGUCUACCGAUGACUAUUUAGACGAAAUCCUGCGUGUCUCGCUGAAGAGCACAGCACGGGGUCGAAAACAAGAGCUAGUGAUCAUUCGAAAGGACCAUGGCGAGCUUCAACUGCAGAAUGUUACAAGCAAAGUGACCGGGGUUCGCAAAUCUGAUACGCUGCGGGACCCCGUUGUCCUAGAUAGAGCAUGUUUGAUUCCUUGGUAUGCUAAUCCCCAUUCGAGUCCCAAAACCUACAAUGUGGCUUUCAGAGGCGAUGAGCGGGCCCAGGCGGAGAAAGGCUUCAUCUUUGAGGGAUUGCAAGACCUUUUGGACUUUCAGCAAGCCAUCACAGCAAACAAGGUGGUUUUUGACAAGUCAACUGUUCGCACUCGACUGUUCCAGCCGACAAGCUGCUUUAGUUCCAACCAUAUCAAAGGCGCCGGUCGUAUCCAAAUCUGGUUCCCGAAGCGCCUCGAGCCGCGGUUUUCGAGACCACAGCUCUUCAACAGGGAGAUGUCCCAGCGAUCUAUCACUACACGCUCUUCAAAUGCUCUAUCAGUGCCCAAGACGUUUAUGACGGCUUGCACUUCACCUGUCGAAAUGGAUGAUAUGAUUGGGUAA